CUUCAGAAUGUAAUGAGGGAUCCAGGCAGCAGAUGAGCUCAGCUGAGGCGUUCAGACUGGCAGCUUCAGUUUUGGUAGAGCGACCUUUUCUAUCGAAAACGACCGCAUUACGCAUGCGUCAGUACAACGUUAUAAACCCUCUUAGCGUGUAUCACUUCUUCUCGGAUGCAAUUAUAUCCGUCCCACACCACCAUUGAUCGAAAACAACAUUUACCUCGCUGGGCUGAGCAUGACGUUACCCAUCGGUAUCGCUGAUGUUUAUUACGGAAGUGACGUCACGCAGGAGCACGUCUGUAUUUACUGUCCGCCUUGAAAAUGACUAUUGUCAGAGAAAAGGCUACCGCGGCAUAAUCGUCGUUAGCUAGGGUGGCGGUUUUUGAUUUAGCAAAAAAAUAAAAAUACCUACAGUGUUCGUAUUAAAUACAUUGAAACGGCAAUAUAGGAAGUAGUGACAAUAAAUAAACACCAACGGUAUAUUAUAUGUCCGUCGGUCAGGAACCAUAUAACCUGCUAUAUCUUCUUCGGGAUGGAGUCAUAUGCAGCGACCUGUUGUCAAAAUAGAAAAUAAAACACGUUUUAGCAUAAUGUAUGAUUUGCAGCCUAAUCUAGCCUGUGUUUGACAGCGUUAGUAAAAAGCCGUUUGCUAUGUAACGUCAAACUAAUCGACCUGCUAGCUUAUUAUUACCGUUUCUUGCUGUCCAACCGGUGACAGCUAGCUAGGCUUGCUAACAGGCUAGCCGAGGUCUUGUUUACCAUUAUGGACGGGGAGACGUACCGUAACUGCUGCAGCCUGGUCAAAAUGCCAAGGCAGUCGUACGAACAGUUCUGGUCUUCACAUUUUGUAGAUUACAUCGACAAGGAGCUGAGCUAUUCUAAGUUUUUCAAGAAAUACUUGAUUCCCAAUCACCCGUGUAUGUUUUCAAGAAGGUUUACGGAGGGCUGGAAGUGUAGAAAACAAUGGGUGUCCGAGAUGGGGAAGCCCAAUUUCCAGAAACUGCUACAAGAGUUCGAUGAGACUCCUGUUCCUGUUGCAAACUGCAAUGCAAAGGAGUACAAUGCAAACCCUAAACAAGUAAUGCCUUUUAAAGAAUUUAUACAAUACUGGAAGGAAUACAUCCAGAAUGGCCACUCAUCACCUAAAGGAUGUCUUUAUCUUAAAGACUGGCACAUGUCAAGGGACUUUCCAGAGCAUAAUGUUUACACCACACCAGUCUUCUUUUCUUCUGACUGGCUUAAUGAAUACUGGGAUACACUUGAAGUGGAUGACUACCGAUUUGUCUACAUGGGACCUAAGGGCUCAUGGACCCCGUUCCACGCCGAUGUGUUCCGCUCCUACAGCUGGUCUGCAAACAUCUGCGGCAGGAAGAAAUGGCUCCUGUAUCCUCCAGGUCAGGAGGAGUUUUUACGCGACACUCACGGCAACCUUCCUUAUGAUGUAACGUCGGCCGAGCUUCGAGACAGAGGUCUUUUUCCACACUCUGAAGAAGCCUGUCAACCCCUCGAAAUUAUUCAAGAGGCGGGUGAGAUCAUCUUCGUGCCCAGCGGCUGGCACCAUCAAGUUUAUAAUCUGGAAGACACCAUCUCUAUUAACCAUAACUGGUUGAAUGGCUGCAAUGUAGACAUCAUGUGGCAGUUCCUUCAGAACGAGCUCUCGUCUGUUCAAAAGGAGAUAGACGAGUGGAGAAACACGAUGGACUCGUGGCAUCAGCACUGCCAGGUUAUUAUGAAGGCCUGCUCUGGUAUCAACUAUGCAGAAUUUGCAUCGUUCCUGAAAAUCAUUGCCGACAACCGAAUUGCUUUCCUGAAUGCUCGUUCCUCUGGGGAUUCCUGCGAUUACCCUCGGCAUCUCUCGGAGACCCUCACCACACUUGGACCUUACCAUGCUGCCUUUGACCUACAAAGAGUGGCUCACGUUAUUGAAUGCCUACUCUGCAAUGAAGACUUCAAGCGGCUUGAUCAUUCAACUUUGACUUUGCAGCCAGAAACCAUGUUGCAGCAAAUUCGGGACACCAUACAGUCCACAAGGGGGCAGCACCUCCUUUAUCAGGAAUAAGAUGUUCAGCGGUGUCGCCUCAAUGUUACCUUCGUCUGGAAAUGGCUUGAAUGAAAAGUGCCAAUUUGUACAGUGCGAAUAAAAGGAUAAAGGUGUUACCACACCUUUGGUUUGAGAUCAACGGCAAUCUCAAAUGUUUAUUAUGAAUGUUUGGAAUUUGUUUUGCACUGAAAUAUGGAUAAAUUUAAAAAAAAGAAAAUACAUAUUGAGUUUUUGUAUUGCUUUUUUGUAUGUUUAUUCAGCAACCACCAAUACCAUACCACUGUUGGUAUAUCCUGUAUCGUGCUGAAAAUAGAUCUGCUAAAUAAUUAUUAUAUUGGGGUGAUUAUUAUAAAAUCACCCCAAAGAGUAGAUUUUAUUGCAAACAAAACAAAAAUCCUCACAAAAAUGGAUUAGUGCCACACAGCUGUGAAGCAAUGACAGUGUAACAUACUGUACUUCAGGGUUCUGUCUGUAAGAAGUCUGUCAGAUGGGAUGUGCGUCACAUUUGAGGGAACAAUAAAACAUCCUUCUCUUCAGUUAAUAUUCACGUCUUUAGGCCACCAGUCUGGCACAGAAGCCUCGAGUGUCACUGUGGUGUCAUCGGAAGAUUUGAGUGUCAACGCUUCUUUGGCAUGAGCCAAGCGGAUUAGGCUCAGGCCCAGCUCUCCGACCCCUGCUCGGUGCUUCCCAGCUGGCUUGCCUGUCUGCGUUUGCAGCGUAGCUCCUUCCUCGAGGGCUUGGACCGGGGCUGACAAGCGUACUGGCAUCAGGCGUUUCCGAACCACCCCAGUGUGAUGAGUCCUGGCUGUGAGCUCCUGGCCAAUGUAACAGCCCUUGCUGAAGCUGAUACCCUCCAUGUAGACAAGAUUUGACUCUAGCGGUAGUGCCAGCCCAGGAGGAAGGUCCCUUACUCCCUCAGGAAGCCCUAGACAACAAUGACAGUAAAGGAUAUAAACAAAACAUGUCAAAAAGAGUCAA